GCGAGUGGAUGAUUGUUUUUUUGGUGAAAAAGCGGCGCGGUUCUAAGGGGAGCUAUGGAGACUACUAUGGAACUACAACAAGGGGCCGAUGAGUGGUUGAUUACUAUGGAGAGGGGAUGUCAGCAGCUGCAGGCAGUGGUGGGGGUGUUAGUGGGCCAGCUGCAGAAGGGGUCGAAGGCUGAUGUGGGGAAGAUGAAACUGGAUGAGUGGUUGGAAGCCCGUGGUCAAGAUAUGUUAGAAAUUCUGUGGGAACUGGAGGAGGGGCCGGAUCCCCGGUUUGAAGCGUAUCUUGAUUGGAAACGACUGGACGCAAAGAUGGGAGUCUGUCAGGCUUUAUUUCGGGAGGGGCGUGACCUGCUCUGGCGAAUGGUGGAGUGGCUGGAGGAGGAGGGGUUGGAUGAUGACAAAGGGGUGGAUGGGGGGCUACCUCUUGUUCAUUCACCAUCACCGAUACCGCCAACGAGUGCAGCAACAGCACAAGGAUUAACAACAAUCACGGCUACUGGUGAUAGCAACAGCAGCAGCAACAACAACAACAACAACAACAACAACAACAACAACAACAACAACAACAACAACAACAACAACAACAAUAACAACAACAACAACAACAACAACAACAACAACAACAACAACAACAACAAAAGCAAUGGCAGCGGCACAGGGGGUGGCGGUGGUGAUGACGAUGGUGGCAGAGACAGAGGCAGCAGCAACAAUAACAAUAAUAACAAUCACGGCAGCGGCAGCAGCAGGGUUGAGAGCGAGAUUGGGGAUGACAUCAACAACAAUGAUGAAGGCGAUAUCGAUGACGUCGCGGGUGAGAGGCCGCACGCUGAUGAGGAGGGGAUUGGUUGGGAUAACGAUAACGUCGCCGAGCGGGCUUCAUCGGUCUUUAAUGUGCACACCGAGGAGUCUCCACUUGCAUGCAGUCAUCGUGCGAGUGGCGCUGGCGAGUUGUCAUCCACUAACUGGCGGCAGGGAAGGCUUGCCACGAAUUUGCAAGUCUGCGGUGAAGGUUGUCCUCUCGACACCAGAGUUGCGGCCGCUCCUGUUGCCAAUCCUACUGAUCGUCGGCAGUUCUCACAUUCCAAUGCACGGGAGGUGCGUUGUAAUCCGAGGGAGGACAACACGUCAAUGCCAACCGUGUCACAGCGAGGCAUUGUGGAGAACAUCACCAGGGCCAACAGCAACGGCGGUUGUGAAGAUGUGGCAUGUGGUGAUGACAUUGCUGACUGCGACAUGGAUGACGUUGAAGCUACGGAGGAUGAAGAUGACAUCAACAUAAGACCGGUGGGAAAGACAGGUGGGAGAGGAACGAGCCACGUGAAAGUGGGUGGCCGUGGUCAGGGUUGUGGUUAUGACAGCAAAACCACCGCUUUCGAGGAUGGCGGCAAAACAACAAUGUAUUGGACAACGGAGGAGCAGGUCUUUUUCGUGUGAUGCAAACGGCACCAAGAUGUGCACAUUGUUAGGUUGGGUCAUAAUUAUGGCCGCAUGCAGACGAAGGAGUGGAAGUGAG